AUGAGGAGCUUGAUUGCAGCAAGACAGGGUAGAAUUGCUAGAGUGGAAGCGAAGACGUUGGGCGAUGUUUCGGGAGAUAAAUACAGACUGGAGGACGGCACAAGUGUGGUUCCAUGGGACUUUAGGUUGUUUCUAGUACCAAUUUGGGCUGGAGGAGAUACUCAGAAUGGACUGACAAGGUAUUAUGGAUUGGCCAGAGAAGCGAGAAUUGAAGCACAUAGAGCCAGGAAUCGUGAACCAGAGACGACAGAGGGAACUGUGUUCCAAUCGGUUGAGGUUUGGGAGGCUCGACUGAGAGAGUUGGGGUUAUAUGUAGCAGCUACACUGGUGGGAAUGAAGGAUAAUGCAACAGCGAUUGAUCAUUUAAAGGCUUUUUACAGCACAUUGAAGAGUUCAGGGGGUGAAGCUAAUAUUUCUUUCAGCCAUCGAGUAGCUAUUGCUCUGGCGUUUGUGUACCUUAUGAUUGGUGACACGAUAUCUGCACGAGAGUGGUUUCAAUUAGCUCCUGUAGAACAGUCUAAAGAGUUGUCACUGGCAGUAUGCUCAUUAGCUGAUGGCGAUAUGUCAGAAUCUGCUAGUUUACUAGAAAAAUAUUUAUCCACAGAAAACAACGAGAGUGAACAACAGAGUAAGCCAUCAGCUGGAGAUGAUGCCAAGACUCAAGCUCUCAAUAACUUGGCUAUCUCCGAGCUUCAUCAAGGCAAUUUAGUCAAAGCAAUUGAACUUUUAGAACAAACAGUGACCACUGCUAAUGUCGACCCUGCUGUCUUGUUCAAUUUGUUCAUUCUGUAUGACCUUCAACAUGAACUACCAGCGACUAAAAAGAGACUCAUAGCUGAUAAAAUAAGAUCACGAGGAAUCGAGUCUCUCGGAACCUACGAAUUGUUUCUGCAGAGAUAA